AGCCCCUCUAAACGGUGCUGCUGGUCUGGUGUGGGUGGCAUGCGGCGCAGAGAUAGCAGCAGCCCUCUCUGUCAUCCCCACGUGCCCAAUCCCUUCUUUCCGCUUGCUCCUCCCCCCCCUCUCUAUCCCACCCCUCUCCCUCCUCUUCCAGAGCCCCUCUAAACGGUGCUGCUGGUCUGGUGUGGGUGGCAUGCGGCGCAGAGAUAGCAGCAGCCCUCUCUGUCAUCCCCACGCGCCCAAUCCCUUCUUUCCGCUUGCUCCUCCCCCCCCCUCUCUAUCCCACCCCUCUCCCUCCUCUUCCAGAGCCCCUCUAAACGGUGCUGCUGGUCUGAGCCCCUCUAAACGAGCCCCUCUAAACGGUGCUGCUGGUCUGGUGUGGGUGGCAUGCGGCGCAGAGAUUGCAGCAGCACUCUCUGUCAUCCCCACGUGCCCAAUCCCUUCUUUCCGCUUGCUCCUCCCCCCCCUCUCUAUCCCACCCCUCUCCCUCCUCUUCCAGAGCCCCUCUAAACGGUGCUGCUGGUCUGGUGUGGGUGGCAUGCGGCGCAGAGAUAGCAGCAGCCCUCUCUGUCAUCCCCACGCGCCCAAUCCCUUCUUUCCGCUUGCUCCUCCCCCCCCCUCUCUAUCCCACCCCUCUCCCUCCUCUUCCAGAGCCCCUCUAAACGGUGCUGCUGGUCUGGUGUGGAUGGCAUGCGGCGCAGAGAUAGCAGCAGCCCUCUCUGUCAUCCCCACAUGCCCAAUCCCUUCUUUCCGCUUGCUCCUCCCCCCCCUCUCUAUCCCACCCCUCUCCCUCCUCUUCCAGAGCCCCUCUAAACGAGCCCCUCUAAACGGUGCUGCUGGUCUGGUGUGGGUGGCAUGCGGCGCAGAGAUAGCAGCAGCCCUCUCUGUCAUCCCCACGUGCCCAAUCCCUUCUUUCCGCUUGCUCCUCCCCCCCCCUUCUCUAUCCCACCCUUCUCCCUCCUCUUCCAGAGCCCCUCUAAACGAGCCCCUGUUCAUGGUUCUUUUCGCAGAGGGGCGGGACCGGAUGUGCCUCGAGGCGCCAGACCAUGCCAUAGACUUCUACCCAACGCUCGAACAGCGCGUGCAGGUGUUGUACGAGGUUAUCAGCGAGACGCACAUCAUCAACAUGAUGCAGCUGCGAGAGGCUAUGGAAGACAAAAACAUCAUAGGCGCUUUUAAACGCGCCUGGACGUCAUGGAAGAACGAACGUGGCUUCCACCUCAAGCGCAGAGUGCUCGUCACUUUCGGCAAGAAGGUGGAAGGCCUGCGUGCAGCCGAACUGUGGAUGGGCACCAAGAAGAAGCGGAAGAUGUGGAAAAAAUACCAACCGACACAUACCCCCAAUGCAUCCCCACUUUGGCACGCGACUACAUACCUGCUCUCCUCGCCCAAGCUUGUAGCGCAUGUGCAAACACAUCCGCAUGACAGCCAUCCGUUGGUUCUUCUCCCACACUCCCCUUCUCCCGCCCCCCGUUUAACUCCCGCCCUCCUCUUCUCUCCCGCCACCCCCUUCUCUCCCGCCCUCCCUUCCUCUACCGCCCUCCCCUUCUCUCCCGCCCUCCCCUUCUCUCCCGCCCUCCCCCUAUCUCCCGCCCACCCCUGCUCUCCCGCCCUCUCGCCAUUCAUUCCCCCCCGCCCUCGAUGUUCAUCCAUACCCUUUGGACAACCCUAA